CGCAGCAGCUAUAGGUUUUCCGUAUAGACUAUAUUAAAGAGAGAAAAAGCGAAACAUAAGAUACAUAAACAGUCGUUAACUAUGUAUAUAUAUAAGUUGCAUAUGCGGUAACACAGACACGGGGUGUAUGUAGCUACAACACAUAUAACAAUCUAAUUGGUUAGCAAGUGUCAACGCGUGUAUAAUUCGUCGUAUUCGCAAUGCAGUCUGGAAAAUUCCCAUAUUUUGUGGUCAAAAUUAGGACCAUGCGGGCGCACAUUUACUGCAAUGUCCAGGCUGAGAACAAUCAGUUCUACAAACUACCCCGAGAAUUACCCAUCAAAGCAUAAUUGCUGGUGGCACAUUACUGCUCCUGCUGGAAACAUUGUGGCUUUGGUGUUCACUGAGUUUGCAACUGAAGGCUGUUGUGAUAAAUUAAAGAUAUUUGACUCACCAAUUAGAACAGGCAACAAUCAGCUCCUUAUUCGAGUUUUAGGUGGCGACAUAGCUUCACCAUUUCGUGUGUAUUCAAGAAACAACUAUUUAAGUCUCAGAUUUGAGUCCGACUCUUCACUGAGCUAUAGGGGAUUCUCAUUUACAUAUAGAGCUAUUCGUCCACUGCCUACUCCUUCUGCAGUUACUAGAACAACAAGGACUACUACAACAUCAAGUACCACGCUUGCUGGUGUAUGCGGUUUUACCAGACAAGUAACUACAAAUGAACCAGUUGAAUUUACGUCACCUAACCACCCUAGAAGAUAUCCACCUAAUAGUAAUUGUCAAUGGACAUUAUCUACUACCCCUGGUAGGGUGGUACAGUUAACUAUAGGCAGAGUGGAAACAGAACUAAAAUGGGACUUCAUUGAGGUAUGGGAUGGAAUCAGAAAGUUAGCACGUUUAGAAGGCCUACCUGCCACUCAAACAUUUGUAUCUGUGGACUAUACAGGACUAAUAGUAACAUUUCAAAGUGAUAGAUCCGUCAACAGAAAUGGUUUUCAUGCUGUAUUUAGGAGUGUUCCAGCUGGUAUAGUACCACCAGAAUUGACAUUGCCCGAGCUAUGCGGUUUCAACACAACAGCUACAAAUGCGUUUCAAAUUAUAACUUCGCCGUUAUACCCGAAUCUGUACCCUCUUGGUAUAGAAUGCAAAUGGUAUAUAACUUCCCCACCUGGCUCUACUAUACUGUUCAAUGUUACAUCUACGAAUAUAGAAUCUUGCUGUGACUUUUUAGAGAUUUAUGACGGAACUCGUGCAAUUGGAUCUCUUGCUGGCCGCCUUCGUGGUUGGAGAGCAUAUAGAAGCACUGGGAAUUUUAUGAUGUUGUUAUUUUAUUCAGAUGAUUCUGUUGCAAGAACUGGAUUUCAUGCAAAGUUUAAAUCAUUUACACCAACAAUAACAACAACAACAACAACAGCAAUACCAACAACAACUGUUCCUUCUUUAACUGUGCCAACACCAGCAACAAAAGCAUCAACAGUUGCUAAAACUUCUACAAUUGCUAUACAUACAACAAGUCUUAGACCAGGCACCACAUGUGGAUAUGAGACUAUUGCCUCUUCUGAGCCCCAAAUUCUGACUUCUCCGCAAUUUCCAAGCACCUACCAAAACAACUUGUAUUGUGAAUGGGUUAUAGGUAGCCCUACUGGGUAUACUGUUCAACUCACAGUGGGUUAUCUUGAUACUGAGUUAUGCUGUGACUACUUAGUGAUUCUUGUUGGGCGUUCUGAAGUAGCCAGAUUACGAGGAGUAUUAAGCGAGCCAGUAACUUAUUUAUCAGUCGUUGGAAUUACUGUACGUUUUGUUACGGAUAGUUCUAUCAAUGAAAAAGGGUUCCAGCUAGUAUAUAGGAGUGUACACUCUUCAAGCCCAAUAACACCACUGUCUUUACCCUGUAAGUAUUUAAUUAAAAUAUUGUUGUAACUUAAUUUAUCUAAUGUUUUUACUUGAGUAUUAAUUUGC